AUGAAAAGGCGUACUAAGCUGCUGGUUGCUUGCAGCGGGCUCGACAGCGGCCUGGCACUUGGAGGGAUCAUACACGGGCUCUCUGAGGUGGCAAGCCGCGCCAGAGGGUGUCGACGCUUGCGGGAUGCAUCGCCGGCGCUCCGGCCGAUCCCCCAAAUUCGCGUGGCACGGGCACGGAUUACGAGUAAGCACACUUGCAAGCCCGCUGGCCUGGCCCGCCCCGAGUGGGACGCUGUUAACCUACUGGCGUCAGUGGAUUCUUUCCCUGGACGUGCAGUUGCAGCAACGGCGCUACAAAGCAGGACCACGAGCUCCGAGAUUAUUGUCACGAGAUCCGGAGGAGGUCAUGUCGAACCAUGGCGAAUGACGACCGGAAAGGCCCCACGGGAUUCACAGAUGAAGCCUGUGCAGAUGAAUACGGCCACGGUUUCCGGGGCACGUAUCAGUGCGGAGCCGACGGAAGGUGGACUCUCACCGAGCCCUCCGAUGGGUGGUCCUGCUCUCCAGAGAUAA